CCUCCUUCUUCUUCUUCUGCACACUCACACUCGCACACACACAAAUUAACCUAUAUCCUCUCCCUCCCCCACACCCCUCCUUUUCUCUCUCUCUUUCUCUCUCCCUUUUGCUUUCUCUUCUUCCACUCGCUCUCUGGCCUCUUCUUGUUCUUCUCUUGCUCGAAUCCCAUAUAAAAAGCCUGCUUUCUUUUUCUUUCUUACCUUUCUCAUCAGUGAAUGGCGCUCAAGCUUGAAUUAGAGCAAUGGCAGCAUGCUUGCGAAGCCUUUGAUAACAGAGACUACGACUCCGCGCUCAGAGCGUUUUAUAAUAUGGCGGAUAAUGCAAAGAUGCACUUUAACAUUGGACUGAUCCUUGCGUCGCUGGAAGAUCAUGAACGCGCGAUCGCAGCCUAUAGCACAGCCAUCAGCAUGGAUCCCUUCUUUGCGGUGGCAUACUUCCAGAUGGGCGUAUCACACUUUGUACUGAAUCAUAUGGAGGCGGCAAGGCAGGAUUUCGAUAACGCACUUCAGAAACUGCGCGGCAACCCAAUCAUCAACUAUCAGCAGCUGGGGCUGGCCUUUCGACUGUAUUCGUGCGAGGUCCUCUUCAACCGAGGCAUCUGCCAGCUCUACCUCGGCAAAAUCGACGCAGGUCUCACCGAUUUAUACCAUGCACAAAAAUCCAAAAUGACAGAGGAACACGAGGUCAUUGACCAAGCGGUGCGUGACCGCGGCAAAGGCUAUUCGGUCUACUCGAUCCCGCCAGGCGUGCUGUAUCGCCCACCGGAAAAUCGUCUGCGCCAGUUACGCGGCGUCGACAUGUUUGCCGCUGCGGAUAAGCUGCAGCGACUGCAACAGCAGCAUAAACAACCGUUUGCCGGAGGUGGACUGGGACGCAACAACUCGGUGCUCUUACGGCGGCAGCCUCAACAACAACAACACCCACAACCACCGUUACCACAGCCAUUACCACGAUCCAUACCCCCUUCUCCGCUUCCUUCGAGCUCAACGUCCACCACAUCCUCCUCAUUUUAUUCCAGACGCCCCACCAACCCAUCUGUACCAGUAUUACCACAACAACCACAACUCCAACAGUCGCGCAGCAGCGACCAUCCUCGCCGACGAAAAGAUUCCAACGUGACAGACGACUGGGGCGACUCACAGUCCUCGCUGUCCUCCUACAGCUCUCGCUACCGCUCAGACGGACGACGCAUCGACAGUGGAUUCGAAUCGACCCAUGAACAAGACCGCUAUUCCUCCUCCUCAUCCACGGGCAGAAACUCGACCCGUAGCCACAAAACCAGCCGCUACUCACCGCCGCCUGUACCGCCCAUUCCACGCAGUCAGAGCAAUUACGACGAGUUCGACUCGCCCACGACGACAAGCAUCACCACAGCAGGCACAAGCCAGUUUGACUUGGAACUCGACGAAGUCUAUGGAUCGCUCCACAACCUGUCGAUGCAUGCAGCAGGCAAUGGCAGCAAUGCGAGCUUGGAUCGGCCCUUCACGCCACAGCCGUCCACCUCAACGUCGUCGGCCAAAGACCUUCCCAACAAGAUCAAAAUCAAAGUCCAUUACUCGGACACGCGCAUUCUCCUCAUGCCGACCCAUGUCACAUUCGACGAACUCUUGCACAAAGUACGGCACAAGUUCAACGCACCGCCUUCAUUGCGACUCCAGUACAAAGACGAGGACGAUGAAAUGGUCAUCAUGAUAGACGACGAUGAUCUCAGUAUGGCACGGCAGAUCUGUAGGAUGCGCAACGGUAGCAGUCCGGAGCGGAUGGAGAUCUGGUGCAUCGCUUAAGGUCCUAUAAAGACAUAUACACUUCUUCAUACACUUUGUUUUUUUUUACAUACACACAUUAUACAAUUCCCAGCACCCCCCCCCCCCGAUACUACAACAUCCAUUCACAUUCCACUCUCUCGCCAGCACAAGCGCACGAUGCACAGCAGCAACAAAAAAGCACAAGAACAAGAACCUUUUUGUUGAACGAAAACGGGCAUUUUCUUUCCAUCCCACCACCCCGCGCGCAAACCAGUUCAUACAAUUCCCUCUCCUUUAUUCUUCCUUUUCUGUGUAUAGUUUUCUAUUCUAUUUUACCCCUCCACCCACCCCCGCGGGACUUUUGUCAAGAACAAAAAGCCCUUUUUUUUUAUUAAAUUAAAAAAAAAAAGAGACCAGGUGUGGAUUUGUUGUUACUACUACUGGUUCUGCACUACACCAAAAGCGGCGACUGUAAUAAAUUAGCUUCCAUUGUUCGGUAACCAA